GAGAGAGAGACCUUGCAACUUUUUGCUGCAGAAAUCCAGCAGCCUCCACAUGAACUAAAAAGCAGCUAUUUAUUUGUUUCCCUCUCAAUAAUAAUAGUGAUAAUCCAUAAUUUUUAGUUAAAAAAAAAAGGGAAUUUUGCGUGCGAACAGAGCAUCAAGCGCCCGGAUGUUUUCUUCGUCUGUUUGCAUUUAUCCCGCUGUCUACUUUCUUUUGUUCUUUUAUAUAAAUUGUUCAGAUUUUCUAUUUUCUUAUUUUUAUUUUUUUUUUACGCCUGAUGAUGUUUAUUUUUUUAGUCAAGAUUUUUUUUUUCUUGAAAUACUUCAAGUGAAUCAUCUCUCACCUACCUUACCUUCCUGAACUUGUGAUCUCUCUCUUCCAGGCACUUAAAAGCACAUUUCCAUUUCUUUCUCAGCUUCCCUUUUCCAUUGGCUUGUGUUUGUUCAUAUGAUACUUCAUUUUCUUUGGCCUUAAGCGAAGAAAGUUUCAAGAUUAUCUCCCAUUUGGGUAUUUUAUUUUUGCUAUUUUCUCUGGCUAUUUUCUUGCACUUUUUUCUCAUUUGGGUCUUCGUCAAACACUUGCAUUGUUGACUUCUUGGUAAUUCUCUCUCCGAUCUUUGUACCGUCCAACACUGCAAAGCUAUUGAGCUUCAUUUAUUAUCUGAGUUCUCUGUGGAAACUUGCAUUUCUAAUCUGGGAUUUAUAAUUUUGUGUUCAAUAUUUUGUGGGAUCUGUGAGUCUUGUAUGAUUGAACUAGCAUAUUAUUGGUGAUGUCUCAUUCCAAAUCAGAGCCUCUUGAUUGUUGCUCAACAUUAUCUCCUCCUCCUCCUCCUUCUUCUUCUGCAGCUUCAACUGAACUGAAGCUAUAUCAAGCUUUCAUCUUCUUCGUGCCUAUUUUCUUCACCUUGAUUCUCCUCUUCUUGUUCUACUUGUUCUAUCUUCGCCAUAGAAGUGUUGAUUGGGCCUCUCUUCGAAUGCGAGCUAAUUUACAAGACAGCAAUGAUAUCUUUAGACAGGCUGAAUUGGGCUUGAAGAAAGAGAUGAGAGAGAUGUUACCCAUUAUUGUGUAUAAGGAGAGCUUCUCUGUCAAAGACACACAAUGCCCCAUAUGCUUAGGGGACUACCAAGCAGAGGAUAGGCUUCAACAGAUACCUGCAUGUGGCCACACAUUUCACAUGGAGUGCAUUGACCAGUGGCUUGCCAAUCACACUACUUGCCCUCUCUGCCGCCUUUCCCUCAUUGCAUCUGCUAAAGUUCCAAGUGAAUUACCUAAUAAUGAAGCAGAAACUCGUCAGGAUUCUUCUGUGGCAGGGAAUAGUGAUGAAAUAUCUGUUCAAUCAGGGCCAACAGAGUCUUUUGGUGAAUCACAAUCUGCACGACAUUCUGAGCCAGGGAAUGAAGACUCCAGGUUUGUUCAUAACAGUGCUGAGGAAAGAAGAUCUGAAUGUGCUGAUGUGGGGAGAGAAUUUGGAGGUGCGACGAAUGAACCUGAAGAGCAUGAGAAUAUCAGAUGUGUUUAAUCCCCAGCAUGAACUGAGACAGUGGAGCCAAAACUGUAUUCACCAACCCAUCUGUUAUCCUGCUUAACUGAAAAGAAUGGUUCCAUAAAACCUUCCAAAAGAUGAUGUUCACGUUGCUGUUGCAGUUACGAGGUCCUUGAAGAAGGGAGAGUAAUCGCAUGAUCACCUGGAUGAUGCAUCCCUGGACAUUGCACUGGUGCUAUAAGAGAGAAUCAAUCCUUGAUUAGGAUUUCAUUAAUGUAUCAGUGCUAUAAAAAGCAUAAUGGGAUGUAAUAAGAUAGAAAAGGGCAUUGUCUAGUCUGGUUUGAUUAAGUGGCCGAAGGCAUAUACCUCACCUGGCAAACCCACUCCCCUAAUCCCCAGCUCAAAAAAAGAAAGAAAGAAAGAAAGAAAGAAAGAAAAGGCAUUACCGGAGCUGUAAUAGUUUGGCUGUAUACCUGCUGUAAUUUAGCUGUGACUUGUGCAUGAUGUGUGUGAGGAACAGAGAUGAUAGGGAGUAAGAGAAAUCAGAAUUUGCUGGAAUAUGUUACUUUGACAAAUUGGAAGUAGUUGGCUUAUGAUAA